AUGAACUUAACAAAUAUUAAUAAUGAUUCUUUAUUGUCAUAUGAUGAAUUUUUUACCAAUACGCUCAACAUUAUACAAGGUUCAAUUUAUAUACCUAUUUUUUGUGCCGGGAUUGGCAAUAAUAUUUUAACUAUUUUAAUUAUUUUACUUAAUCAAGAUAUGAGAACAGUAACUAAUUGCUAUUUACUUAAUUUAGCUGUAAGUGAUACAUUACCAUUAAUUGUUAGUUUACCAUUUGAAAUUUCGUUUUUACCAAUUGAAGUUCCAUGGGGACAUCUUGGAUGUCGAAUUCGUGCUCUUCUUGCCGAAACUUCAACAAAUGCAUCAAUAUUAACCAUAAGCGCAUUCACAAUAGAACGUUAUUUAGCUGUAUGUGGUCCUUUUCGUAUAUCAUCUUUAUCGACAAUACGACGUGCAAUUAAAGUUCAAAUAUUUAUUUGGUUUAUUGCUAUACUUUCAUCUACACCUUAUUUUUAUUUUACAAAAAAUAUCGAUCAUCAAUGUUUAUUUGAUCGAAAUUUUCAAUUAUUUGUUACUAUAUGUUUACACAUAUCAGCAACUUGUUUUUUUCUUUUACCAGUAUUUAUACUUUGUCUGUUAUAUGCUUUAAUGGGACAACGAUUAUAUAAUGUUGGUCUACUUCAUGAAGUACAUCAUUUAAAAAAUGAAAAAACUAAUUCAAAUCCUUUACCAACGAAUUUACAACAUUGUAGAAGUGUUGAUAAUCGUUUAGAAGAACAAGGAUUUCAACCAACUCAUUAUUCAUUAUCACGUACUUUAACAGUAUCUCGACAAUCAACAUAUCGUAAUGGAAAUAGUUCUUCAUCUACUUUAUUAUUACAUAUACAAGCAAUGAAAAAAUCAGCUUUUAAAAUGCUUUUUGCCGUAGUCAUUGCUUUUAUUAUAUGCUAUGCUCCAUUUCAUGGACAACGUUUAAUAACAAGUCGUUUAAAUGUUUCACAUUUAUCAUUAAUUCAACGACGUGCAAUAACUAUAUUUUACUUUAUUAGUGGCAUUUUUUAUUACAUCGGUUCAACCGUAAAUCCAAUAUUUUAUCAUUUAUUUUCUCGUAAAUAUCGUUUAGCAUGUAUUCGUACAAUGAAAAAAAUUGCUCGUUGUAAAAAACGUCGUCAUCAAAGUCAUAAUAACAAUGAAUAUUUUCAGAAACCAAAUAAAAUUUCAUUAUUAAAACAUUAUCCAAAUACACUUCGAACAACAAGAAAAAUACCAAAUGCAACGCCAAUUAUAUACCGGUCACCCAAUAGAUUAAAAGAAACUGCUGAUACGAGACAGAAUAGAAAAAAUUUAUUACGUAUAUCGUUACCUCCAUUUACUCAAGAACGAGUUCAUUAA